AGUCUAAUCAUUCAACAGGUCAAUUCAUUACCCUUAAAAACGUGCAUUAAACAAAUUAGUAUUACACUGAAUGAUUCGGUUAGGGCAGGCGGUGCAAUUUUACUGUGAAAGAUCGAGAUAGAGCUUUUGAUGGUGGGAUAACGCUUACAAGGAACGACGUGCUCGUUCGCAGAUUUCCGAAAGGCUAUCAAGAACAACUGAACGCUACGAAGCUAGAAUGCCCUAAAAUUAAGAUCGAGAUGCCAUCGUGUCUCUACCGAAGAUUCCCUACUUUAAGAUUUUUAAUUAAGGAGUGCUAAUUGAAAUUAGUGGGGGGUUAUUGCAAUAGGAACGCUCCGUUUUUAGAGAUGUCUACAUUUAAAAGAGAUACUCACUAGAGGCCCUUAAGGAAAGGGGGCCGAUAAAACUUAUCUUUUCAAAAACAUAGAAACUUCCGUUUCAUAUAGCAUAUUUGUAAGCAAAUAGUGCUUUAAGUUUAAUCAUGGCAAAGGUUUUCAUAAAUCGUUUGGAACGUUUUCCCAGUGUAGAUGCUAUACGCAAAUCUCGGUUCAUCGAACUCAUUGUCUUAUCUUGGAAAACAGCUGCAGUAGGCAGUUUGAUCUUGAAAAUCUUAAAAGAUUUCCAUUGGCCCAAUCGUAUGUGGGUGGUAAAGGGAGGGACACUUAUAAAUAGCACGAUAAGUGCAUUCCCUAGUGAAGGGCAUGACUGCUGGGUAGGAAUGUCCACCAGUUUUGGUCUGUGCUUAUAAUUCGGCAAUAUGUUUGUCUGGAGUUUCGAGCAAGUGAUAAGGCUUAUCCGAUUAUGUCGUCUGAACAGGAAUGCCAUUAGUAUCUCGGCAUUUUUCAUAAGAAUUUUAAGCAAAGCCAAGGUUGGGGGACGCGCAUGAGAUGGGUCACGAAUCCAAAUCCCACGUACCCUUUCAUACAUCAACAAGGAGGCUCUUGUAAGGGUAGAGUGAUUAGUAACAAACCUUUGCCUCGAAGGUUUUUAAAGUAUAACUGAGAAUUCUCUUUCGAGCGCAGUGGAUCACCAGAUUUUCCCUAGAGUAGGUUUAAGAUUGACUUGACGCUACAACACUUCAUCUAGCAAAUCGACAUCUUCCGUUCUAGCUGCAACCCACGCUAGGCCAAGAUCAGUUCUUUGCUGUGGCCCGGAUUGUUAACUGAUGGGAAUGUUAUGUUAUUUUGUUGUUACGGUUAUUGUUCUUAUUGGUCUACGUAAAAUACGUUCAUUUACGAAACAGCAUACUUGUGUAGAUUUGAAGUCAAUCAACGACAGUAGUCAUCUGUACAGUUCAGCAACUUAAUCGUAUGAAAACGUCGUCAAAAACGUAACGGACGGAUUGAUUGAUUCAUUGACAAAUGACAAAACCGAUUGCUUGGAACAAGACAGUUCUGCGCCAUACAUCAUGUUGAUAUGCCUCUAUGUAUUUUCGCAUGUUUUAACUGACAGAUAACAUUAUAAAUAAGUUGAAAAAAGAAAUACCAGAAUACCUCUCAGGUAAUAUAAGCCCAAGUGUAUAAUUUCAAGGCAAAGCAAACAAUUUCAAACGAAAAAAAAAAACAAAAAAAAACUGACGAUGACAUUUGAGUAAUUUAUUUCCGGUCAUAGUGAAAUGAGCGAGGCAGCAACCAAGUCUACGUGCAAAAAUGCAGCCAUAAUAUUUGCUUCGCUUUUCUUCAGCGUUAUAAGCAGCUUAGGUUUCCCAGAAUAAUCAUAUUUACUUUUCAAACGCAAUAACCACGACAGGAAAUUACUAUGUCCGAGCAACAAUCACAAAAUUAUUGCAUCAAUAAUGAAAGCGACAUUUCGGUUUUCGACUAAUUACUCUACAAAGAAUGAAAUAUAUUAAGAAUUCAAAAAGGAACCGACGCUUUUGUAUCAAAAUAUUCUAUUGAUUAUUGAAGCAAAGAUUUUGGAUUUAAUCCAUGGCACAGUUUUUGCUCUUUCAAGGAGGUGCUGUUCACUUGCCGGCCUACCAUGCGAGGAGGGUCGGAAUCUUCUUUCCCUUCAGGGUAUUGCCGGCUUCGAUGUAAAACAUUUAUUUCACAAAAUGAUUCUUCUUUUCUUUGGAAGUGCGAAGAGCACUGCGAGACAAGAAAAACAGUAAGGAAUAACCUUAAAUUCUCGUGAGUAAGCUACUUUUGCUUUUUCCAUCCCCCUGGUUCUAUGAUCCUGACCACUAAAUCCGUCUAUUUGACCGCGUGAGAGAGAAACUACAAUUUGCGAAACACGUGAUGAACACAGUAACAAACGGCUGUUAAAAUUGCUAAUCGCUUACAAAUACCCCUUGUUUGUACUAAUCCGAGUACCCAAUAGAUUUCAAGAAAGGAUUUUGCCACAUAUCCUUGAAAUCUUCAAGAUGAUCCUCUUUCUUUGGCGGCAUUUAUUUUUUGUCUUCAACGCACUAUCUCUAAUUACAAAUUAAAGAGCAAGCGAUUCAGCUGCUGUAAAGUGUACUUUUGUUAUCGAGUUGACCAAUCACUUCGGAGCAUGUUUUUCAAGAGGGGAACAGAAAAUAUCGGUACGGAUACAUGACGAGUCACUCUGGGUUCGUGCGUUGCUUGGAAAUGAUUACAGUGCCUUUUAAAACCGGAAAAAAAAUAUAACUGAACUUUAUUCCCCCGCUGGUUUCGAGUCAAUUAUUUCACGACUUAUGCAAAACAAGCCUCUUCCUCUGGUUAAUGAAUUCGAUCUACUUACUGUACAACCGGUUCAUUCAAACUGGACAAGGCUUUGUAUAUCUUUAAUCAAUCUUAAUUGCUCUUUAGUAUAUUUCAAAGCAAUGGACAAGAAAGCAAAUAUUAUCCCAUGUUUAUCUGACUGCCUAGCGCCAACAAGCGGUUGGUUGGUUUUCUUUUCCAAAGUGCAAUUAAGAUUCAUUUCCUAUCUCAAUGUUUAUUGUAGAUUGCUCAAUAAUUGGUUUUCAGGAUCGAGAAGCUGCACGGAAAGUGAUGCGAAGUAUCAAGUACAGAACCAAAUAUCGGUGAGAGUAUUUCAAUAUUUGAAUGAGUCUCGAGGUGGAAAAAAAACCGAGAACUAUAAACAGAAAUAUAUUUCAGUGGAUCCUUGGUGCACUUUAGAAGCUGUCUUUUUAUUGCUUUUUAAUGAGCUCUCCUGGGACGCAACAAAAAUAUUCAUAAAGGAAGAUAAAGUAACUGCAUUGAAAUUAAUUUUGCUUUGCACUCUGCGAGAGAAUAGUAAACUAACAAAGAUUUAAGGCCAACAACACUGAAGAUUCGAUUAAUACGACAGAACGAAGAACAGCCUGGAUAAUACGAGUGCCUGAGGGUCCAGCAAUGGUUUAAUGGCGUACAAACUCUGAAGCAAAUCAGCUCUUUACGCAAAGCUGCGCACAGAGCUGAUAUAUUUAACAACUCAACACAAGGGAAAAGCAAUUAUUGAAGACAGCGUCGCAUCAAAAGCGGCCGACUAGAACAUGGCCGGGACGGAAGAGAAUGUCUCUGUGGACAUCUAUGUGGUUGUUUCUCUCAGCAUCCUUUCAGUUUUUAUCGUUCUAUCAAACCUCUGUGUUUGUCUCUUGGUGUACUUAAAGAAAGCCUUACGAACGAACACGAAUUGGUUGAUGGUAUCUCUUGCUGUGUCGGACAUAUUAACAGGAGGAGUUUUAUUGCCCGUGUACCUCACCGUUACUACGGUUGUCACAAAUUAUUUAGUGUGCCUCAUAUUGCUCUGGGGUGUCGCCAACCUAUGCGCUGUAACUUGCGAUCGAUAUAUUGCUAUACUUAAGCCGCUGGAAUACCCUUAUCGAGCACCAAAGAUUCUCAAAAGAGCUCUCAUACUUUCGUGGCUGCUUCCAAUCAUUUACGCUUUGCUUCCCUUGUUCUGGGACACGAAUGCAGAUCUCAAAAUUCAUAAAGCUUACAUGGUGUGCUUGGAAUUUUUUGGCGUCGUUGUACCUUACAUCUUCAUUACUUUUGCCUACAUGCGAAUAUUCAAGCAAGUUCAACGAAGUUUUACAAUGAAAAAGAACAUGGAAUCUCUGAGAGUGCACAAGAGUGAGCGAAGACGAAUAUCCUCGGACGCCAAAGUGGCCAAAGUUUUCUCCAUAGUUGCUUCAGCUUUCCUACUCUGCUGGCUGCCAAUCAUCUGCAUAACAACUGCAGAUAUUAUAAAUAAGUAUGACGAAAUUCCUCAUGCUCUGUUAAUCGUUUCCUUCUUCACCAUAGCGACCAGUUCAUUGGUGAAUCCACUUAUGUACGCUUUUCUAAAACCAGAUUUCAAGCUGGCUAUUCGGACCUGCUUUCGCAGGGGCGCUCGCACUAAUACGGGGUCCACCAUUCGCAGUCUUCCAUUGGCUUCUUUGACCGCCGUUGGAACAGGAGGCAAAUAUGAAAAUAGCUUAACAGUUCCACUAGAAAAAACAGAGGACAACUCAUCAAAAGAAAAUUCAGGUUCCAUGGAAAACUCAUUCCAAUGUUCCAUAAACUGCAAAUGAAUCAUUCCACAAAAGUCGCGAUACAAAUUAUCUAGCACAGGAAUAUUUGUUGUGUGCUCUUUGUGUAUCGUAUGAGUCACUUUUUCCCGGCUUGUAUUACCAAUUAUGCCAUUGCAAUCACUUUUAUCUGCUUAUCCACCACUGGCUAUUUAUUAUCGCCUGUGAAUCAGUUUACUUAUAGUAGAAUCGCGAGUCAGUCGCACUACCACUUUAUUCGUUGUUCUAUUUCGGCCAGUUUAUUCGUUGUUCAUGGCUACUUCUGGUAGUUAAAAAACGUGCAAGGAUAUGGCUAUGUAAUACAGUUUAGGUGUGCAUAAAGUUCUACGAUAGGAAAAGCAUUACGUUUUAAGCUUCUCUGAGCUACCAAUAGGAUAGCUUUUGUAACAAGGAUUAACUCAAACUCCGUUGAAUCCAGUCUUUUUCGAGUUUGUUUCUAUUAAAAUUUUGCAUUAACAAAUCAAAAAAAAUAUAAAGUAAAGAAUUUCAGUGUCAUUUGAUUAGUAGAGGUAAGGAGUUCCUUUGGAAGCCAAAAGGGCUUCCAACAGGAUUUCCACGGAAAUUUCCAAUUUUUAGAGUUAAAACCGGCGUUCAUUAAAUCUGUAAAAAUAAGAUUGAUUCGGUGUCUGAGGCCUAUUCCAUUUAUUUGCUCGAGGUCUUACGACAACUUCCGUCUUGACCUACCUAACAUAGAACAUGGUAGCAUAAAGCCAAAUUUUCGUAAUUUUUUUAAUCAGUAAAAAUAUCAAGACAUGCUUCCUUAUUGCUUUGUCGAUCAUUAAGCAUCAUUAAGCUUCUGAGAAGAUUUAAAUUUUCGGCUAAGGUGAUAGUAGAGAGGAGAUGGUUUUGGUUUGAUUGAUUGUUCGGCAUUGACAGACAUUUGUCUGGUCGAAAUUGCUGCAGUUGUCGUUAGCUAAAAACAUUGGCUCCAAUAAUGCACAGCGGCAUCAUUUACAGACCAACAUGGGCUACUUUAGUUAUUUUUAUCCGCCUCAGUUAUUCCUACUUUUAUAUUUUCUAUUCAAUAAUUGUUAGUGUGCACGGAAUUUGCCGGAUAGGAAAAUGAAAACGUAAAUAAAUAAACAAACAAACAAGCAAAAAAAAAAAAAAAAAAAAAAAAAAA